CUCGUGAGGGCAUGCAUCUAUAAACGGACCACAUGCCAAAGCAAGGCCGCAGUUCUUCGCAACCCGACAUAGAUCACCAUGCCUGAAAGUUCAAGGAUGUCAGGAAGAGCUGAAGAACAGAGAGGCCCCUCAUUGACGGCGGGGAAAGACAACAACCCCACAGAUCAAGCAUACGAGCCUGGUUUGCGUCGCAUACCAGAUCGCAUGCCCUGGGUUGCUCUCCUCAUCAUCAUCGUCGAACUAGGGGAGCGAUUUACGUACUUUGGAUUGAGUGGGCCGCUUCAGAAUUAUAUCAAGAACCCUUAUGCACCAGGCUCAGAAUUACCAGGUGCUCUGGGAAAAGGUCAAGCCAUUGCCACUGCCCUGGGGAACUUUUUCAAAUUCUGGGCAUAUGCCUCAACUGUCCUGGGUGCGGUGAUCGCUGAUCAGUAUAUUGGCAAGUUCAAGGCUAUUUGUGUAUCUUCGGGUAUUUAUGUCGUCGGCUUGACUCUUCUAGUAGCAACUGCCACCCCAGCAGCUAUCAAAGGGGGCUCAGCAUUUGGAGGACUGGUUGCGUCGAUGGUCAUUAUCGGACUGGGAACUGGUGGAAUCAAAGCAAACGUUACACCGUUCUGCGCUGAGCAGUACCAAAAGGCCAACGCUUAUAUCAAAACCCUAAAGUCGGGCGAGCGAGUGGUCGUUGAUCCUGGACUAACCAUUGAGCGGAUGUUUAUGUGGUUCUACUGGGCUGUCAAUAUCGGUGCCUUGUCGCCACUCAUAACCGUCAAUGUGGAAGCUAAAGUUUCAUUCUGGCUUGCCUUCCUCAUCCCUUUGAUAGUAAUCGUUAUUGCCGCUGUUAUCUUCGUUAGCAGCAGCAAGUUAUUCACGAAAACUCAGCCCCAGGGAUCCCCAAUUGUGGAUGCAGCCAGGACAAUCCACAUUGCGAUAGCGGAAAAGGGAUUCGAGAAUGCAAAGCCCAGUGCUCUGAGGGAACAUAGUCGUAUAGAUAGAUACUCGAUUGCAUCAGACGUCAAGUAUACUGAUCAGAGUGUUCAAGAAGUCAAAUCAGGCAUCACGGCCUGCAAGCUGUUCCUUCUCUUCCCGUUCUACUUCAUUUGCUGGGUACAAAUCUGGAAUAAUCUUAUCUCGCAAGCCGGCCAGAUGGCGUUGCACGGUACACCGAAUGAUCUCCUGCAAAAUCUGGACCCAAUUGCUUUGAUCAUUUUUAUUCCUCUUCUGGACCUUGUUAUAUACCCCCUUCUACGCCAUUUCAAGAUCGACUUCCGACCAGAACUAAAAAUCACCGCCGGAUUUUUAAUGGCGUCCAUGUCCAUGGUAUAUGCCAGUGUCCUCCAACACUACAUCUACAACUCGCCGCCUCAGAGCAUCCACGUCUGGAUCCAAGCACCGGCCUACAUUCUGGUCGCAUUCUCCGAGGCUUUUGUAGUGGUAACGGGGCUGGAGAUCGCUUUCACCAAGGCACCGGAAAACCUUCGCUCGUUGGUGUCUGCUCUUUUCUGGCUUACGAUUGGCAUCGCCGCGGCCAUCUGUAUCGGUCUCGCUCCGGUCUCGCAAGACCCGUAUCUGGUCUGGAUGUACGGAUCCCUGGCCAUUGUGGGCUUUGUGGCGGGUGUUCUAUUUUAUAUUCUUUUUGGACGGGCCUUGGAUGAGCCUCUUCCUGUGCUGGAGUCGAUGGAGUCAUCGAACAUGAAUACGAGGGCAGAUGAAGAGGCCUCAUUGGGCGUGGGGAAAGUGAUUUAUCCAGAGCCUCAGUAUCCAGCGAAAAUGGCACACGACGAUAUCGUCGUUCUAGGCGCCGGCAUCAUCGGCUUAAGCGUCGCUUUGGAGUUAUCCAAGCGUGGCUACGGUCAAUAUGUGAUCGUUGUGGCGGAGCAUCUUCCGGGUGAUAAAACCAUCAACUAUACGUCGCCCUGGGCCGGAGGAAACUUCUCUGGUAUCUCGGGCAGCGAUAAGAAUGCCCUGCACUGGGACCGACUGGGCUAUUUGACGAUGAUGGACUUGGUGGAGAGAGGCGCCGAAGAGGCCAAGUAUCUGUCGAAGACGGAAUCAACAGAGUAUUGGGAUGAGAUGCCCUCGAGUGACAAGAUUCAGAGCAUUGUCGAGUAUCUGCGAGAUCCCGUUGAAGUCCCGCAAAACGAACUCCCACCCGGAGUAUCGUUCGGCCUCAGAUUCACGACCAUCACGAUCAACGCACCAGCCCAUUGUCAGCAUUUACAGGGCCUCUUGUCCAAGCCGCACUACGGCGGCGUGCGCUUCGAGCGCCGCAAAAUUGCAUCGCUCUCAGAGGCAUUCCUUUCGCCCGCCACGAAAGUCGUCUUCAAUUGUAUCGGCAACGCAGCGGUGUCGUUUCCCGGAGUCAAUGACUCCAAAUGCUAUCCUACCCGAGGACAGAUCGUCCUGGUCAAGGCGCCCUCCGUAGCGCAGAAUAUCAUGCGUCAUGGAAAAGACUACGAGACGUACGUGAUUCCGCGACCGCUCUCGGAUAACACCGUCAUUCUGGGCGGGUACCUGCAGAAAGGCAAUUGGGAUAGCCAAGUCAAGCCGCAUGAGACGGAGUCGAUUCUGAAGAGGACUGGGGAGUUGCUUCCUGUGCUGAAGACUGGGGAUACGAAGAUCCUAGGAGAGGCGGUAGGAUUUCGGCCUUCGAGGGAAGGGGGUGCAAGGGUGGAACUGGAGCAGAUGAAGGAUGGUGGGAAGAUCGUGGUGCAUAAUUAUGGGGCUGGAGGAACGGGGUUUCAGGCUGGGUUGGGUAUGGCGCAGGAUGCGGUGGAUUUGGCUGAUGGCAAGUUGAGGGAGAUUAAAGGCAAGAGUCGAUUGUGAUCUGUAUACUGCUUGUUAAUCUGUUCAUGGACCAUUGAUAUUGUUGUACUUGUAUUGAAUACUAUUGUG